AUGGACUUGACUAAUCUUGGUUGUUUCUCAGAACCAUUCAUAGCACUAGCCUACGAGAGCUUCAACGGAUACAUCUUCACAGCCUUGCUCGAACUUGGCGUCGAUCCAUUCGUCAAAAUAGAUGGUAAUCGCAACCUGUUUGAUGCAAAAUGGUACGAUUAUUUGCGCGGUGAAACUGAGGGAAUGGAGCACCAUCUUGCAGCUCUUCUCAAUUUUGGCGCCCGAAUAGACGUCAAAGAUCCCCGCACACAGCGGACAGCAUUUGAACUAGCUUUGAGGGCGGCCGAGAAUAGCGAUUGUCCCAAUCCGCAGCCGUUACAGUUUCUACUCGAACACGUUGUUCCAAGUACUUUGACCUGCAAGUACAUAUACGAAACUCUCGAUUCACAGAUCGAGGACCUGGAAGGCCAUAUAAAAAGCUCUAUUUUAAUUAUGCAGCAUGGCUGGAUAUCUGAAAAGGCUCGAUCGUUUGUGUUUGACUGGCUGGUCUCUUACAAUACUUUUUCAUCAGUCAGAGAGGGCCUCCACAUCAAAAACGAAGACCAUUGGUUAAAUCAAAAAGCAGCGCGCUUCUUUCCCAGGUUUUUGACUCGGCAACAAUUGGACCUGUUGUGGGAAAAGAGCCGGGCCAGCUAUGCAGCCACGGAUCAAUCUCGGCGCAAUCACAAUUUGUACUAUGUGCUUGAGAGAUGGUACUCGAUGCCGUGGUGGCUCAUCAACGCCGAGAGAGGGGAUGUCGAGGCUAUGAAGCUGCUGGCUGAGUGGGAACAUCCACGAACUGAUCCGGACUGGCUCUUCGGGGAUGACAGUGAACGAUUUAUUUUGGCAGGCAAUGAUGGUGGUCACACACCUCUCAUGCGAGCCAUCGCAACAGGCAGCAAGGAUGUGGCUAUGUGGUUGCUCGAGGCAAAUAAUGGCGCGGUGCGCGGUAGCUUUAAUUGUCAUCAUUUCAGAGAAUCCGUUUCUGACGAUCCCGAGGACGACUCCGAAGAUGAAGUGGAAGGUUUUGAGUGCGACUUGUGUCCUUACGGGCAGAGAACUGCUUAUGAAAUCGCGGUGCAUCGGGGUGAGGUCGAGCUCCUUGAAAUCAUGUGGGAUCUGGAGCUCGAUGAAGUCAAGUGGGAGGAAUACAUUGCCAUGCCGCGAGUUUUCUCAUACAGCAACGUCAUGGUGGAGUGGAUGCAACUGAAGUUGGGUACGAAGCGCUGGAUGAAACUGGAAAUGAGUGGCCAAGAUGCUUGGCUGCGCAAUGAGAUUUCCAAGAAGUUGGCCAAGCUCCGCAUAGAGAUUGUAGAAAUCCGAGAAGCCUGGAGAGCCCAAGCCAAGGCCUUUGAGUCAAGAGGGAUGGGUAUUGUCGAGGCAAGCUGA